AAAACGUAAAUGUGAAAAUGUUCAAUGUUGACAGAACUUUUAUCAAAAAUUAAAAUAUACAAUUAUAUUAAUAAUUAAUUAUAAUAGUGUGUGCUUACGUGUGAUACAUGAUCCCUUUUUUGCCUCGGUUAAAUGUUAAUACCUUUGUAAAUAUUUUCUUAGGAUUUUGCAAAUCAAAACAUAUUUUUCAUAUUUCUACACGUCAUUACCACAAUGAACCCCUUGGAUAGUUUGUGGGUUCUUCAAUAUUAAGGUAAAUAACGGUCUAUAAAAUGCAAUCUAAUUUAAAAACUAAGGAGAUGUUUAUUUUGCGAGCGCUAGAAAAAAUCUUGAAUGAUAAAGAAAUCAAAAGAUCCUACCAUUCCCAACUGAAAAGAGCCUGUGAAGCUGCUCUAGGAGUUCAACUUCAAAUAAUCAAAGCUCUUCUAACAGUGGUCACCAGUCAGUAUGUUGAAGUCCAUGAAGGUACUGUUCUCAUGGCAGUUCGUACAUGUUAUAACAUUUUCCUUGCCAGCAAAAACCUGGUCAAUCAAACAACAGCUAGAGCCACCUUGACGCAAAUGUUAAAUGUGAUUUUCACAAGGAUGGAGAACCAAGCUUUAGAGGCAGAAGUGAAUGCUGAAAUACAGAAUAAUGCUAUUAAUACAAGUCAGAACGAGAAGGUCAUAAUUGAAAAUGAUAUUAAAUCUAUGAAAUCUUUGAAAGUUGAAGAUGAGGUAAGUAGAAUUAAAAAGUUUUAUUUUGAAUUAUCAUCUUACCAUCAUGAUACUAAUAAAUAA